GUGACGUCACGGUGACUCCGUCCACUUCUUACAUUCAGUGUAUCGCUAUAGUGUAAUAUCUAUAAACAUGGCGUUAGAAACCCCAAGCAGCCAUGUUUUGUAGCUAUAACGUUAAUCUAUAACUUAUUACUAUAUUAACAGACCUGUUACUACUGGCCGACUCCUUUUCACGAUAUUCGCAUCACUUUGCAUAUUUCAGCCCUUUUUAUUGAGCUGCGUAUUUAUUUCUGGGUUGUGUUUUGUGUUUCUUUGUGUGUCGAUACUUGUAAAAUGAUUCUUGUGUUGGUGCUUUAAGACUGGCAGCACGUCAAAAAUCCAUCAGGAACUAUUUCACUGGCAAAUGAGUCGUCGUCACCCGACAACAAUGUCAGGAAACUGGUUUGACCACAGCUGCAGCUCUCAAAUGUUCACGUCUGAUUGAGGAUGCCUCUGUCAUUAACGGGACAAAGGUUGAAUUAAAGUCAUCUCAGCCAAACCUAAAGCUGACAUUUCAUAAACCUUGUUCCUGUACUGAGGAUAGUUGGGUUCCACAAAACGUUAUAAAGAUGAAUAUUACAGCGAGUGUUAGGAAAGACAAUGCAGAUAUGGUCCUGAUAUGUUGUUAUAAAUGACUUACGCUGUUUUACAUUAGAUGUGGGCCACCUUCCCUCCGCUAAAAUCUUAAAAAAUGUAAUCCUCUUUCAAUAAAAACAUAACCAUUAGGGGAAAAAGGAGUUGUUAUCCCACACAGCGAAUGCCUUUUCAUUGAAUGAAUGUGGCCGUUGGUUUGGCCGCCGUCUACCAAACAAUCUCCGGAAGGGAAAUCCUGGACUUAACAAAACUCCCGAUGACGUUUUAGGAAACAAGUAACCUUAACCUUCGUAACCGUUCCCAAAAGAAGGAACACAUGAGAACGGUGUGUCCGUCUUUUGAUAUUUAAAUAUUAGAAUAUACCUUUCUCUUCUGAAUUUUAUAUAACGCUGUUAUUGCAUGAUCACACUAACGCUCUGACUAAUAAACCCAGCACUUGUUGACUGAAGCUUGUUCAUCGUGUGUUUUAAGAACAGUGCGCUGCGGCUCGGCCUUGGCAGCUGGACAUUCGUGUUUAGACGAACGCCCACAUCUUCUCUUCCUGUCGUUUAUUUCUUCCAGUCAUAAAUUAGGUUUAUCUGAAGUCGGUGUUCAUCAUACUUCACGUCCUCGGACUGCCUCACUCCGGUACAUCGUGCUCUCACUCUGCUCUCACUUCAUCUCCUCGCAUGUCUUCAUGUGCUCUUGUGUUUCAUCUUCUUUAUUUUAAAUAAGAAAAAGGAUAAAAUCAAUAUUCCACAUUUUUUUACGACGAUGUGUUUAUUUCUCGUGUCGUGGAAUAAUGUUUGGUAUCGGCAGGAAAAUGAAUUAUUUACUUUGGAAGUGUUUGUUUAUCAAAAACUAAAUGUAGUUACUGUCUUUUCCCGGUGCUUUCUGUUUCAUCUUGAGGUCUUCAUCAUUACUUUACAUCUUUAAACAGCUUUCAGAGGAAUGAAAGACGCGUCGCCUUCACUCACUCAGUGCUGCAUCAGGGCGACUCAUUUCAUCUUUACUCAAGGUCUACUUACUAGCUUUUUGUAGGACUUUCAACCACAUCCCAUGGUCUUCAUCAUUGGAUGUUCAUCACGUUUGAUGCAGUGAUGUGUAUUUACAUGCAUUUACAUUUUUUGAAAAAAAAGAAAUGAAAGUUAUGAAAGAUGUGCCGUAUUGGCCAUGGUCGCUGAUUUGAAAAGAUAAUCUGGACUCAAGGUCUACUUACUUGCUUUUUUUCCAGAGCUAACAGCUGCAGCUCACGUUCUUCUUUCACUAAAGUCACCGCACCUUCGCAGAUGUCGGUGAACUCGUCAUCUCAGCUCCGUGUUGUUUGUCUCAAGUGUUAAGAAUGUUGAUGAGUCAGAGGCAGAGCACUUCAGUUUUGCCCUGCGUACUUUUAUAAGCAUGAUUGAUUUUGUAUUUGUUUUGUUUGCUUCCCUUUGGGUGUGUGUGUGUGUGUGUGUGUGUGUGUGUGUGUGUGUGUGACUCAUUGGCCCUGAGUUUCCUGUUCCUUGAAAUGAUUAAACUAAUGAAAGAGACAGAGAGGAGGCCACGCCCUUUUGAAGGUAAAGCUGCUGUCCUGUUUGGUUUUGCAUGAGAGUCGAAUGACCUUUUGGUUCGUCUGCGCCGUCACGUUUACAUUCCCAGCAGGGAAAUACCGUUUUUAAAAUUCAACGCUUUAUUCAGGACCAUGUGAGGAGGAGAUGGAGGUUCAUGAUGGAGCUCCUGACCUGACAGAACGAAGAGGAGACCAAGGCUCAUCACAGGCGGUGCUGAACGGUGAGGAGGGUUUGGAUGAUGAGGAGAGAACAAGGAGGAGAGCCGAGAGGAGGAGAGCUAAAAGGAAAAGGCAGAAAGAACGGAAGAAGCUGGAGAGAGAGGAGAGGAUGGAGGACGCGUCUGAGCAGGAAGAGGAAGCCACUGGAGCGGUGUCAGAGAGUGACAGUGAGGAGGAUUUGAAAGAGGAGGAGGAGGAAUGGACCGCCGUUCGUCACAGAAACAAAUGCAUCACCGAGUCGGUCCCCGCCGGUGUGACGACGGGGAACAAGAGCAACGGCCUGCCGCCACACAGGACCUCGGACGAGGUGGGUGGAAGCCAUCAUUCAGUCCUUCAAAAUAAAAUAAGCAAUGAAACAGAGGGAGCGAGGAAAACAGCGCUAACCCUCCUGCACUGUGUUUUCUGAACAUCCUGUUGAAGCCUUUUAUGAGUGAGACACCAAACCAAACUUGGUCAGAUGCUCCUCGUAAAAUAUAAUUGCUUUGACGUUUGCUUUGGCAAAAUGACA